UGCUAAUGCGCUAGCAGUAAUGUAGCAGGCCUAAGCUCCAGUAGGACUAGGAGAUGGUCACUUCUCGCGUCGUAGUUAGCUACACGUUUAUUCCAGAGCCGUCAACCAUGACGUGACUUUCAGUCUCACUGCUUCUUGUGCUCAGAAAAUGCGUCGACACGUUCGCCUUGUAUCCGUGUGUGUGAUAUCAGUGUUCGUGUCGGUGCUGUACGUGUUCGAGCAGCUCGCGUCCUCUCUGGAGACCGAGGCCGGGUGGCGCGAGCCGCUGGCGGAGCGAGGCGCGCGGGCAGGAGGCCUCAGCCAGCCUCACUCCGACCACAGAGCUUAUUUUUCUCGUUCUGUCAGGUGUAAGUCAAUGUCUGUCACACACUGGAAUCCCUAUUGGAGACUGCCCCGUGAUGUUUGUGGAAAGAACUGCUUUAUGGAGUCGGCUCGUAGGUAUGCUGUGGAUAAGACGUCAUCCGUGGUGCUUGAGGUGGACAGAGCUGAGCCAGUCAGGUUGGCGGUGGUGGCAUGUGGCCCCAGGCUGGAGGAGACUCUCACCAUGCUGAAGUCUGCGGUUCUCUUUAGUCACAGAACUCUACACUUUCACAUCUUUGCUGAGGAUGACCUACAUUCUGGCUUCAGAGAUGCUUUGGAGUCGUGGCCAGUAAGGUUCCGUUCUAAAUUUAACUACACUACCUACCCCAUCACCUUCCCCAGUGAUAAUGCCAAGGAAUGGAAGAGACUGUUUAAACCCUGUGCUUCCCAAAGGCUUUUCCUGCCUCUGAUCCUAACUGAAGUGGAUUCUCUGCUCUACGUGGACACAGACAUCUUGUUCCUGCAGCCAGUAGAGCAGAUCUGGAACUUUCUCUCCCAGUUUAACAGCAGUCACAUGGCAGCCAUGGCACCUGAGCACGAGGAGCCAAGAAUCGCCUGGUAUAACCGUUUUGCACGGCACCCAUAUUAUGGCAAAACUGGUGUCAACUCUGGAGUCAUGCUUAUGAAUAUGACGCGCAUCAGAGCCAAACGCUUCAAGAAUGAUAUGACAACAGUUCACCUGAGAUGGGCGGAGUUGCUUAUGCCACUACUACAGAAAUACAAGCUCAACAUUACAUGGGGGGACCAAGACCUCCUUAACAUCAUAUUCCACUACAAUCCAGAAAGCCUGUUUGUGUUCCCGUGCCAUUGGAACUACCGCCCAGACCACUGCAUCUACGGCAGCAACUGCGCUGCUGCUGAGCAACAUGGGGUUUACAUUCUCCAUGGCAAUCGAGGUGUUUACCAUGAUGACAAACAGCCUGCGUUCCGAGCCAUUUAUGAUGCCAUUCAGAAAUACCCCUUUGGAGAAGAUGCAAUCAAUUUUCUACUUAGGCCUCUAGAGGAGAAACUAAAGAAUACCAUGCAUACAUACUGUGGAAGAUCCAGUCACCUUUUCACUAAGAAAUUACAGGAGAGCAUCAGAAACCUACAGAAUGACAAUCACAAUGCAAGAUGAUCCCAUCCAGCUCAGCCCAUGUGAGUUAGUCAAAUCUACAGUGUUGCUAAGGAGAAGUGAACAGUGGUUCAAAUCGGGUUGUCCUGAUAGUCCCGUAUGAAUGAAAAGGAGGUUGAAAUGAGGCACUGAGAUCACUUUUACAUAUAAUCAAGAAGAGCCAAAUGUGACAGUCCAACAUUUUUGUUUUAGAAACAACUCCUCACUACAGUCCUGUUUCCCUUUUUUUUUUUUUUUUUUUUUAAUCAGCAGCUAAUGAUGAUGCUAAAUAAAUGUGUUGGUACUGCAGGCUGUAACAUUAGGAAGCAUGGAAUGCAGAGUAAAAUUUCAUCACCUUAAACAUUAAGCCUUAUUUCUACCCAGGGAUUGUUAAAUAAAAUUUGUCUGCUGACUUGAGUUCAGUUUUAUUAAUAAGAAUUUAUUUUUCUGAUGUUAUUGUAAGAUUGCUGGUUUUUAUGAUUAGAAAAUGAGCCUAACUAAACCUUUGUGUAAAUGAGCAAUAAUGUUUUAAACUAAUCAUUGGAUUUAAGAGGUACGAAUGAUGACAUACAUGCGUCAGCUAAGCCUACUAACUUACAGAUAUGAGAUCACAACCUAAAAGAUAAUGAAGCUCUGACUCUCACUGGUCAAUUAAGAACCAAGUAUUUGUAUUCAAGUACUCGUAUUCACUUUUUAGUGUCACAACUUAAUUUUCAGGUGAUUAACGAUUUCAUGUUUUAACAGAUGACCAUAUCAUCAAGGGCUUGGCCAAAUCUUGCGUUAAUAAUUGUUUAACUGUGUACAUAAAUACACACUACAGGUAUUUAAAAACAUAUAAUGGUGUUCUCCCAAAUAAGAUUAUUAGGGGUCUGAGUGCAAAAGCCCUAUUGUUUUUGUUAAGAUUUUUUUUAUUAUUAUUUUAAUUCUCUCUUGAAAUGAGAUUGUAUGCAAAGAUUGUGAAGCAUUGAAACACCAAAUUUGGCAUAUAGGUACAGUCAGUAUUCUACCGCUACUCCAAAAGAGGGAGAAACAUUGGCCUUGAUGGUGGUGUUAUAAUGUAGUGUUUAAUGUUUUCUCCUGAACAGGGGAGUCCCUUUGCCAAAAAUUGCCAUUUGGGCCGCUUAGAUUGUGAGCUAAUUUAUCAAUCUAAUAUGUUUACGAACAUAAGCAGUUCUCUGUAAUCUUAAAAAAAAUUGACCGGUGUUAUACAGAGAUGAUAAAAGAGCAAAAGUUAUUAAAAUACUAAUACACAAACAUGAGAGUGUUUUUUUUUUUUUUUUUUUAAAUAAGCAACAUAGCAGAACAGUGGGUUCAUCACAAUAUUAGACCUACAGGUUCUUAGCUUUGAUUAGUGAACUCUAAUGGUUUGAACAGUGUUUAAGCAUAUUUCUGCUUUUGUUUUUUGUUCACACUUUGCUGAAUGUUUAAUAUAACACUUAUUUUGGUACCAUGCCAAUAUUCUUAAUAUUCUACACUAUGUUCCCUUGGACUUAAAGUCUCAUGUGGCAUUGUUUACACUUAAUAACAAUUAAUAAUUAAAUAAAUAAAUAAAUAAACCUUCACUACUUGAUAAGCGGUCACCCAACAGCUUUAUAAAAUGAUUUCUUAUCAAAAAUACUUUGUUGAUAAAAGUUCCUGAAAUGUGUUCCAGAAUUGUUUACAGAACUAAAGGAGCUACAAAAACUUGUUUAACUUCUCAGCCACUUUUCCAGAUGCAGAUUAAGCGUGAAAUUGAAACUUCAUUUUAGAUUCACUGGGUCUGUAAAGAAAGUCACAGACUAGCUAUAAUCAGAGCCAACUCUUAAGCAUUUGCUCUAUUCUACAUUAAAUAUUGAGUGAUGAACCAGAGUGCAUACUGAUCAUACAGCAGAACUUGGACAUUUUGUUACCAUCCACAUCCACCAUGCCUGCUGAAUAACUGUGUGUAAUUUUGAUGUACAACAUAUCCAUAAUAUUAGGCAGCGAAUUCUUUUCUAAAUGUACAAAAUAUUUUAUAUUGUUUGAUUUGCAGUCAUUUAAUGUGAUCAUGAAUAUUGUUUAUUAAUGUUAAUAGUGGUACCUUUGCUGAAUGUAAAUGUUUGUAUGAUGCAGUAUAUUUUUGUAAUAAACAUUGCACUUUUAAUUAUU